UCGUCGCUGCUCUUGUUUUGGCAGUUUGUUUCGAUAUUCACGGAUUGUCUGCCCACCAAGAAGGCUUUUCGGAGUGGUUAAUCAGCGCGAAACUUCGAUGGUACUGAUGGAGCAGUGACUGUGUCUGGGCGGUUUUAGGGAGCUGGUAAGUGUAAUUUCACAAUGGCAGAUGGAGGCAGCGAUGAUGAUGUGAUUCACCUGGCAAGUUUCAACGUCCACCGCAGCCAAGGCUCCCGUGCCCAUAAGAGGGAGCUCAUCACCAUUUCAGAUGACUCAGAUGAGGAGCCUGUGACUCUGGUACCUGGUAGUCCUGUUUUAGUCCCAGAUGAUGCCGAUGAUGACAUCAGCAUACUGGAGCCACUAACACCCUCACGAAGACAUGUGAUUCGUCCAGCAGCCAAAUGGAGUGGGGUAUCUCCCAACUUGAUUCAAGUUGUAGGUCAUACUAAUGCACCUCCUGCAGUUUCCAUAGGAGGUCCCAGCUCUGCUCCCUCGACCUCCAGAGAUGCCAGUACCAGCUGUGCUGUAGUUAGACCAGCCAUACAAACACAGACAACAGUGCCGUCUGGCACUUCUGGAGACACAAAACCACAACCGGGUUCCUCUUCUUUCACACUGACUCAGUCAAAGCUUAACACAAAAUCACAGCAAAAGGACGGUACGUCAACACAUACAAGUAUGGAGCCCCAUGCAGUUUCUUCUGUCCAGAACCCAUCUACCUCCACAAUUGCCAAGGCUGUUGAGAUCUCAUCCAGAGCACCUAUACGAAUACUUAAUCAACCUCAGCCUAGCACAUCUGGACUCGCACAUCCAAGAGCUGACUCUUCAGCCAAUGUACCGGAAGAGAUGCAGGCAAGUACCUCUGCCAGUACCUCCUGUGCGGUUGCAGUAAGUGCAUCAACGUCCUCCAUAAAGACAGAAAAACUGGCAAGUACAAGCACUCUUUCACAAGGAAAUCCUCAGGCUAGCACUUCAUCUGCACAGUCACAGUCUCACACGCGGAUGCAGCCUGAGCCUGGUACAUCAACACAACUCCAGUCCAGUGGGACUACAACCCUACAGCCCCACCUCAUUCAGGUGAAAGAGGUUAAGCUAGUUGUUUUUCCCCAACAGCCGAGAACUCUAAUAACCCAGCCCCAGCUGCAGCUCAGGACCCAGAACCUGGUGCAGUCUGUUUCACUCAAUCGCAUGCAGGGCAAUCUCAUUCAGAUUGAGCCAAAACCUCUGGCCCAGGCACCUGCCCAGCCUCCAGUCCGGGCAACACAACCCCCUCAGGUGAUAUCGGUGAUUCCCCCCACAGUGCUAAUAGCUGCAGCCCCACAGAGACUAGGACCUCCAGAGGCUGGUCACCGGAUCAUUCUGGGGAGUCAGGCACCUGGGGAGGCUCCACCACAACCUGGUGUCUCUGGUGUUGGACCGUCAGUACACAGAAUCAACAUCAGGGUUCCUCAUGUGAACACUAACCCUGCUGUUCCUCCAGCUCCCGCAGCUUCAGUUCAUCACAACGGAGGAGAGGCUCGUCUAGUUACGGCACCAAAUCCAGAAAGGGUCAAUCCACUCCCUGGUGUGGUUGCAGUCCCUCGUGCACCAGAGGACAUUCCCCAAAUAGAGGAUGCAAGGCCUGGUCCCUCUGCACCACGAGAAGUCCCUCAGCAGGAUCCCCACAUCAGAGGCCUCAUCACUGUCGUUCUGGAUCUAUUGCCAGAUGUCCAGGAAGCUUAUGUAGCAGAACUGAUCCAAAAGAAUAAUGUGAAAGACGUGAAUGUUAUCUGUAACCUGCUGUUGGAAAACCCUGAAUAUCCAAGAAGGGAGACUGCAGCAGCCACUGCAGCUCCAACCAGCAUCCUGCUGGAGUCAGGAGACACCCAGACAGAGGUUACUGAAGACCUGUUUGACUAUGCCAAGCUGGGUACGGUGGGACCCGAGGCUGUGAUGCAAGCCGCUGACUUGCUCAUGGCAGAUUUCAGGAUGCUCAGCUGUCAGGACAUCAAAUGGGCCCUCAAUGCUCUGAAGGGACACUAUGCAAUCACACGCAAGGCCUUAUGUGAAGCUUUGAAGAAGUUGCAUGAUUCAGGUGACCCCUCAGGAAGGAGACGACGAAGCAGAGCGUCAUCUGAGCGCUGCUACAUUGACUUCCAUUUUGAGCAUGGGUCAGUGAAGUUUGAAAAGAGGAUGUAUUUCCUGGAGAAUGACCGUCGCUACUGCAGAACAUACAGCAAUCUAGAAGCUUCUGUGCAGAAGGAGCUGACGUUCUAUCAGCAGAAAGCUAAGGAAUGGGCAGAGCACGAGGACUUCCUCUUGGCUCUGCAGGUCAAUGAAGACGAAUAUAAGAAAGACGGCCAGCUGAUUGAAUGUGGCUGCUGCUACGGGGAGUUUGCCUUUGAGAAGAUGACACAAUGUUCAGACGGUCACCUGUUCUGUAAAGAGUGCCUGGUGAAAUACGCUCAGGAGGCAGUGUUUGGCUCCGGAAAGUCGGAGCUGAGCUGCAUGGAGGGCGGCUGCCCGUGCUCAUAUCCAGUGUGUGAGCUGGAGAAGGUCCUACCAGAGAAUAUACUGUGUAAAUAUUAUGAGAGGCAGGCAGAGGAGGCAGUCGCUGCCACCUGUGCUGAUGAAUUAGUGCGUUGUCCGUUUUGUAACUUCCCAGCCCUGUUGGACAAAGGCAUGUCUCUGUUCAGCUGUCCCAAUCCUCGAUGCCGAAAGGAGAGCUGCAGGAAGUGCCACGUCCAGUGGAAGCAGCAUGUGGGUAAGACGUGUGAGCAGGUGCUCGAGAGGGAUGAAAUCCGCAUGAGGGUGCUCUUUGAGGAGCGUAUGACAGCAGCUCGCGUGAGGAAGUGUGUCAAGUGUGGGACGGGCCUGGUCAAGUCGGAGGGCUGCAACCGGAUGUCGUGUCGAUGCGGUAGCUUCAUGUGCUACCUCUGCCGAGAACCCAUCACUGGCUACAACCACUUCUGCCAGCACGCCCGCUCUCCUGGAGCUCCCUGCCGCCACUGCCGCAAAUGUUCCCUCUGGACUGACCCCACGCAAGAUGACGAGAGAAUCAUUCAGGAGAUCCAGAAGGAAGGAGAGGCGGAGCUGAAUAAGAAAUCUGCUGAUAAUUCGGGGAAGAGGGUCGGUCCUCCCCCGGAGCCCAUCACAAAUUCAAAGAGGCCGCGUGUGGGUCCACCACCCGAAAACCCACCCAACCCGAACCCCGCGGCUCCUCCCCACCCUCAGGCGGUACAAGCGCCCCUGUUUGUCCCGCCGCGUGGUCGCUACCCUCCGGCUCCUCCCCCAGGCAGAAUGUACCACCAGGUGAUCGUACCCCGGCUUCCCCCAGCUCCCUACGUGCCCCCCCUGCAUCACCUACCCCCACUGAACAAUAACAACAACCACCACCAUCACCACCACCACCACAACCCUCCUUUGAACCCUCAUCACCACAACAUGGAUGUAAUGGACCUGCCCAUGCACUAUGGACCGCCACACCGCUACUACAGACGCUUGUAACACACACACUCUCUGUGACGAGUGUGUGUUCAUCCUGGUGAAGUGAGGUCAUAGGUAUAUACACACACACACACACACACAGUUAUACUUCUCAUUUCAGAGGUGUUUUUUUGAGAUCUGAUGUUGUUUUCAUCAUCUUCCACGUGUGCUACCUUUUCCCUGUUUGUUCUUUUUUCACAGCUCAUGCAGGUUUAACCUUUACUCUUUUUGGCCUCAGAUAGUAUAAAACACACAGAAGAAACAAAUUGAAAAGUACAUCUGUAGACCAACACACUCUGCUAAACUUCAAUAAUGUUGACAAUCCCCACAUCAUAUUUCCCCUCCGUUUCUGCUUAAAUACUCGAGUUGAACUGAUGAAUCUUCUGUUUAUACAGAUAUUUUUGAGUACAUUAAAAAACUUGGUUAACAUUCCUCUCUGUAUCUCUUUGUGUUUUCUAAUAAAGUUUUCUGUUCAUUUUCUGAGA